AUGAGCGACGAAGACUGGGUCACAGACUCAAACGAAGCCCUAGAGCUUCAGCUCGUGCGCACCGAAGCCGACGACGCCCUCCUGGUCGGUGCGGACCGUGUCGCUGUCGAACCCUUCCACCCGACCUUUACGUACCCCAUCUUCGGGGAUCAGGAGAAGAUAUUCGGUUACCGUGAUCUCUCUAUCAAGUUACACUUUGCGAGUGGGAGCUUGAAGCAGUUCCUCGAGAUUAGUUAUGAUGAGAAGAUCGAGAGCGAGGACACGCCGGCGGAUAACAUCGAGAGCGAGUUGUUCAAGUUCAUCCCUCCCGAUUAUACCAAGAGCUCGACGGCGUUUGAGGCCACUGUGGAAGCGGACGCCGAGUUCACGCCGUGCGGGGAGAAGAUUGCUAGUUACACGCGGGCGGCUGCGACAGCCAAGGGGAAAGGGAAGGCGAAUGGCGACGCCGCACUGUCUCCAGAUGAUGACAACGCGGUUGUGUUCGAGGUGUACCAUACGACAUGGGACACGCCCGGGUUCCGCGAGUACCACCGGCGUAUGCAGGUGUUUCUUCUGCUCUACAUCGAGGGCGGGAGCUAUAUCCAGGAGGAUGAGGACGCGUGGGAAUUCUUCACUCUGUUCGAGCGCCGAAAGCGCGCAGCUGGCGGGUACACCUACCACUUUGUCGGUUACACGUCCGUGUAUCCGUUCUGGCACUACCCCGACCAGAUCCGCUUGCGCCUGAGCCAGUUCGUCAUCCUCCCGCCGUACGAGCAUGUCGGGCACGGGUCACAUUUGUACAACGCGCUCUUCGAGUACAUGCUUGGCCGGCCUGACGUCGCCGAGCUCACGGUCGAGGACCCAGCCGAGGCGUUCGAGGACCUGCGCGACCGAAACGAUCUGCGCUUCCUCGUCAAAGAGGGCGUGCCGGACGACCCAAUGUUCCUUGAGGGGGUUGGCGCCGACAAGCGCGGCAGCAGAUGUGCCUGGGAGGCAGGGUUGCGCCAAAAGUACAAGAUUGCCCAGCGGCAGUUUGACCGCCUACUUGAGAUGCUGCUGCUGCGCCAGCUGGAUCGCAAGGACCCGGCCAAGGUGCGCGCGUACCGUCUCCAAGUCAAGUCACGGUUGUUCCGCUUCAACUACGAAAUGCUCUCGACGAUGACACCUGAGGAGCGGAAAGAAGCACUCGCCAAAACGUACGAGUCGGUCGUGGAAGACUACGAUCGCCUGCUUAAGAUGACGUUCCACUAG